CUACCCCCUCCCAAGCCACCCCAACUUAUUUGCCGCCGGAGUCGGUCGAGCGAGCGAGCCGGUGAGAGGAUGGGAUCGGGGGAGUGGUUAGAGAGGGCGCUUCUGGAGCUACGCGGAAAGAUACAAGGCAUGGAGUUGGACUCCGAUCUCAUCAGCGGCCUCGUCUCCUUCUGCGAGCUCGCGCCACCCCAAGAUGCUGCCGAUUACCUCACAGGUGUUUGUGCAGAUUACCAGAAAUGAGAGGUCAAAGCUUGAUGCUACAUGCAAGCAGUUUAUUUUCUCGGGUUAUGCACAUGAGGAGUUUGGCUGCAGAUUGUAUGAUCAGGUGGAUAGGAACGCCGUCAGAAGUAGAGAUGUGGUCUUUCUAGAGGACCAGACAGGUGGUACCAAGAAUAUUAUAGGCCUAGAAGCUGGUCAGGGUUUGAUUCAGGAAUACUUGCAGAGAAGAGGUUAUGUAGAUUCCUCUGUUAGCAAUCCUGAUGUACAAUCGUCAAAAUUUCAAGCCUACAUGAAGCCACCUGCAGAUGAAGGAAUGAUUGUCGCACCAAAGAAACAAGCAAGAAUGCCAAAAGAGACAACUGCACCAAUAACCCAGGAUACGAAGGGUCAAAAAGAGGCUACUACUGAGUCAAGAAGCAUUCCCAGGGGAAGCCAAGGUAUCCCCAAAAAGAAAAAAGGUGGAAAGAUCAUCUCUCUUGCCGAGGCAGCUAAAGGAUCUGUUGUUUUCCAGCAGGGAAAGCCAUGUUCAUGCCAAGCUCGCCGUCACAAGCUUGUGAGCAACUGUUUGUCUUGUGGUAAAAUAGUAUGUGAACAAGAAGGCGAGGGUCCAUGCAGUUUCUGUGGUGCACUUGUGUUGAGAGAAGACAGUACAUAUGCUGGUCUAAGUGACCUAGCAGUUCCUCUUUCUGAGGCAGAAGCUGCAGCUGAUUUAUAUGCAAAGAGGCUUGUAGAAUAUGAUCGAAACUCUGCUGCACGGACUAAAGUUAUUGAUGACCAGAGUGACUAUUAUGAGAUUGAAGGAAAUAGCUGGCUUUCUGCAGAGGAGAAGGAACUUUUAAAGAAGAAACAAAAGGAAAUUGAAGAAGCUGCUGAAGCUAGGAAAGGAAAAGUGAUUGUUACCUUUGAUUUGGUUGGCCGCAAGGUAGUAGUGAACAAGGAUGAAGCCUCAGAGCUGGAGUCAGAGUACAGGAUAUUAAGACCACCUGAAGAAAGAGACAUAAACCGCAUAAAGCCUAAUCCUACUGUUGUACAGCCCAUGUUUGUUGACACAGGACCUGCUAAAAAACCAGUUAAAGGAAAAGAAAGUAAGAGAUUAGCCAAUGGCUUAUGCCUCGAAAUAAGUGGGAGGGUGCAGCAUGAUGAUGGUGAGCGACGCCAUCUUAUGAAGUAGACGAUCCAGAGUUGUCUUUUGAUUAUAACUGAAGUACCACUAGUCCAGGCAAGGGAUUUAAGUAGUGUAUGUAAACUAAAUACAUUGUUAAACUAGGGCAACAAUCUAGGUCCUUAUUUGCAUUUUUUGCUUUGUAGAGGCCCUAGAUGGUGGAAAAAGAGCAGAGUUUUGACUUUGACAAUGGUUGCAAAAUACUUGAAACCCCAAUACAAAUGCUUUAUAUUUUCUUUAGAAGUACAGACUCUUGUUGACAAAUAAAAGUAGAAGAAAUUUCUCA